AUGCAAUCCAACAGGACACCCCCAGGAGUUUUGCAGGUUCCAACGGAACCUACAAAACGAUUUGGAGUCUCACUUUACCCGGUUUAUCUUAUAAUAUUCAGCGUAGCAAUAUUUGUGCUGGUCUUUGUUGGUCUUGAUUAUUUGCUGACUGGAAGAGGAGCUCGAUUUGACAUAGGAUGGUUUCUGACUUCAACUUCUCCUUACAUGUGGGCCCUGAUUGGAGUCGGCAUGGCUAUUUCCCUAUCAGUUGUGGGAGCAGCUUGGGGCAUCUACACAACCGGAGUCAGCAUUGCUGGCGGAGGUGUCAAGACACCACGUAUCAAGACAAAGAACCUCAUCAGCAUCAUCUUCUGUGAGGCUGUAGCCAUUUAUGGCAUUAUCAUGGCCAUAGUCAUCAGUACAAACCUGACUGGUGUAGAUAUGAGCAUACUGACAAAGCAUGACGUUAUCUAUAAAAACUACGCUGCAGGUUUUAAAAUGUUUGGAGCUGGAUUGACUGUUGGGAUCUGCAACUUGGCUUGUGGUAUCUGUGUUGGAGUUGUUGGGUCAGGUGCUGCACUUGCUGAUGCUGCCAACGCUUCCUUGUUUGUGAAGAUCUUGAUCAUUGAGAUCUUUGGCUCAGCUAUUGGUCUCUUUGGACUUAUUAUUGCCAUUUUGCAGGUGACAAGUGCAACUAUGGAGAAUGAUCAGUAA